UAAAUAAUUUUCCCUACCCAUGAUUCGCUGUCGUACAGAUAUACGAUUUUAAGCGGAAAAAUCAAAAGUGCCAUUCAUCAAACACCUAGAGUGCAAGCGCGCUUUCUGUUUAGAACUUGAAUCACACACACAAUUCUCAUACUCUCAUCUCAUCGUCCACACGCCGCACAGCACCAUGUUCGGAGCUCAAUCUUCUCCUUCUCCCUUCGGAACCCCUUCUACAACACCGGCAUUUGGUACCCCAAAUUUCGGUACCCCAUCUUCCACUCCAGGUUUCAGUACCCCAGGUUUCGGAACCCCUUCUUCAACCCCUGCUUUUGGGGCUUCUUCUACUCCUGCUUUCGGUGGUUCUUCCCUUUUCUCCUCACCAUUCUCUUCUCAACAGCAACAGCAACCACAGCAGCAGCAGCAACAAACUUCACUCUUUCAACAAUCACCUUCUACCGGUUUCGGAUUUCAGAAUUCUCUGCAAGCGCCUCAAGCUACGCCAUUCCCAAAUUCUCAAUUGACUACUCAAAUGGCUAACGUGGCUCCAGUUCCAUUCUCUCUAGCUGAUCGUGAUAUUCAAGCAAUCCUUGAUGCUUAUAAGGAAGAUCCUGGAAACCCGAAGUAUGCUUUUAAGCAUUUGUUAUUCAGUGUAACAGACCCACAGUUUAGGGGGAAACCUGCUGGUGUUUCGGAUAUCAUGUGGGCGGAAGCUAUGGGGAAGCUUGAGGGUAUGGAAAGUGCCGAUAGAGAACGUCUAUGGCCACAGCAAGUUCAAGGUUUUAAGGAUCUUUCCCAACGUCUUAAGCUCCAAGAUGAAGUCAUUGUCUCUGAUGCAGAGAGACUGAGUGUAACCCAAAGCAAUGUUAAAAUGCUCCAAAGACAUUUUCAAGCUGAUACUCUUCCUUGGAUUCAAAGACUGAAACAGAAAGAACAGAUUCUUCAGCAGCGCAUAUUAAGAGUGAUGAGAGUAGUGGAAGCAUUGGAAGGAAAAGGCUGCCGUAUUCCCUUAACAAAAGGGGAAGCUGAACUCGCAGAGAAAUUAGCCACAAUAACUAGACAGUUGAAAGGAUCUGGAGCAGAAUUAUCUAGAAGGGUACAAAAUCUACUCGGUGUAUCCCGUGUCAAGGCUAAUAGCAAUGAAUUUGGUAACUCCACUUAUCUUCCAGGCUCAACCAAAAUUCAUGAACAGAGUCUGACUGAUCUGCAGGAGGUUUUACACCAGCAGAUGGAUGCCAUAGCGAGACUUGGCAGUGUUCUAAAGCGAGAUGCACGGAAUAUGGAGAUUAUGAUGGCAGAGGACACAGAAACAACAGAAAAUGGAAAUUUAAUGUAAACUUGCCUAAGAAAAUCUGUAGUUGUCUUACUUCAUAUUUGCAUUGAGUUAUAUAUCUUUAUGUAUCUUGAUUUGGAAAUAUAGUUAGCACAAUAGUUUCUUCUAGGGACACCUUUUUGACCUAUCGGUUGAGUAGUUUAACUUGAUCCACCA